GUCCUACCCGAACUCCAGCACCUCCUUCAGCUUCGCGCUGCGCACCUGGGGGCCCGGCCGGGUCGCGCAGCUGCAGCUGACACGGAGGCAGCUGGGGGGCGGGGCGUACACGGGCAUGUACCUGUGCGUGGAGAGCAACUCCAGCACCACCAUCGGACUCAGGGGCGCCACCCACUCCUGCCCCCUCACGCUGCUCCCCGACGGCUCCCUGCGCCUCUGCAACGGCCGCAGCCCCACCCUGGCCGACACCCCCACCGCCCCCGCCUGCCCCCGCGGCACCUGCAGCUGCCCUCCGCCCUACGCGCCGCCCGACAACUGGGUCAUGGUGCCAGGCCUAGGUUUCGAGGACUGCUCCGCCUCCCUGCAGCCCCUGCAGCCCACCCCGCCCCCGCCCCCGCCCGCCCCUCCCAGCCCCUGGCAGCCCGCCACCGCUGCGGUGACGGCCCAGGCGGCAGGGGCCUGGGCCUUCUUCCGCCUCGACCUGCCGAGUGGGAGUGAGGCGGGGGCCCGGGGCUGGGCGGAGCUGAGUGUCACUGCGGUGGCAGCAUCGCAGGGUGACGCAGGCGGCUCGCUGCUGCUCCUGCUGCGGUACCAGCAGCUGCCCUCCGGUGAGGGGCCGGGACAGUACGACCUCACCAGCGACCCCACCCUCUCCUCCUCCUCCUCUCCUGCCUCCUCCUCACCAGCACCCGCUGCGGCCCCCCUGUGGAGCACCACCCGCACAGCCCGACUGAGCCUCAGCCGCAGCGAUCCCGCCUUCAGACCCGGCACCUGGUAUCUGGGCGUCCUCAACCGGGGCCCCACCCCCCUGUCGUGCAUCCUCACUGCCGCCGUGUACGGCUGCCCCAACAACUGCAGCGGGCGGGGGGCAUGCGCCGCAGAUACCGGGACGUGCACAUGCAGCGACAGCGGUCAGCAGCCCUCCUCCUCCCCCGACUGCUCCUCCUCCUCCUCCGACCUGUCACUCGGGCAGAACCUCACGGCAGCUCCCUCGGCGUUCGCGUACGACAGGAUCAUCCUACGGGGUGUACGGCAGCAGCUGCGAAGUGCCGCCACGUCACACCUGCGCCUCACAGCCGCCUUCACCACCGCCAGCAGCACGGGCGAGACGGGAGCUGAGGGGGAGCUGCCGGGUUGGGUGACAGCAAGGCCCGUCGUGCUGGUUGCUCCCUCCGCCAACACCACCUCUGCCGGCGGCGGCUUCUGGCCGGAUGCCGCCACUGCAGCUGCAGCCCGCAUGUCCCUGUCGGAGCCCAGAGUGGCGCAGUCGAUGGAUGUGGGCAGCUGGAUGAUCUCCCCCGAGGAUGACUCCCUGCACCUCCUGCUGCUCAACCCGCUAGCGGGACUACUGCAGGCGGGCAACACCUCCUCCUCCCCCGCUGCCCCCGCCCCUGCUGUCCCCGCUGCCCCCGCUCCGCUGCAUGUUGGGUAUUGGGUGGUGGUGGAGGUGGUGGGUAGCUGCCUGGCCAACUGCUCGGGCCACGGCGCCUGCGACACUGGCUCGGGGCUGUGCGUUUGCCAGCCGGGCUACGGCGGCGGCGACUGUUCCGUCAACCUCGCCACCAACACCACCGUCGGCGGCGUGUGCGCCCCUGGCUCCUUCCGCCCUCGCCACGUAGACGCCUCUCGCGGCACCUGUUGGGAGGCCUGCGCUGCUGACGGCAGCGGGUUCGAGGAGGGAGGCUGCAGCGAUUUCACAUGCGAUGAAGCCGGCAGCAGCGGAGGAGGGGAGGGGCAGCAGCAGCAGGGUCGGGGGCCGUUGCGGCGUCGGGGCGGUGCGGAAGAGUGUGUGUCGGAUGCAUGCGUGGCCGGGAACUACACGCUGGUGGAUGAGGAGGGCGGGUUUGCAUGUGUGCGGCGGUGCAGUUGCCCUGCAGACGGGGGUGCAUGCGGUCUGGAGGAGGGUUGCGUGCCGGGAACGGUGCGGUGUUUGGGCGGUCGGAGUUGGGAUGCGAGUGGGGAGCGGUGUGUGGAGUCGCCGUGUGUGGAGGGCAG